GUCCCACUUAGAUGCAUUCCAAGUGGGUUUAUAUACCUAAAUCUGUUGAAGAGUUAUCUCAAUCCCCAUUCCACUUCCUGGAUCGUAGUGAGUCUUUAUCGCACCAGCAGUACAAUAACACAGCACAAUGGCUGGUCAGAUCACGGUGUUGUUGUUUUGUCUCUGUGAACUUGUCUACGUAACGAAUGUUGCCUUUGCUUAUGACAACAUCGCUAAAGGAAAAGUUGCAGAGCAGCUGUAUUCUUAUAAUGAUAUUUCCUCUGUGUGGGGAGCGAAGCUAGCAGUGGACGGCCUGAAAUCAAACUUGUCUGCUGUAGGGGGGCAAUGCACGAUAUCCGGCAAUGAUAAACAAACAGCGACGUGGUGGGUGGAUCUACAAGGUGUUCUCAGUAUACACCACAUUACUAUAUACUACAGGACGGGCAAUGUGGCUUGGAAUUCCAGUAAUGGUUUCACAGCUCGAUUCCUUGGUUUCUCGGUGCACAUAUCGAACUCAACCAACAAAGAUGAUGGGGUACAGUGUUUUAAAGACACGAUGUACAACAGAACCACAAUACCGAAUACGACAACCAUAACAUGUCCUAGACACGGACGUUACGUCAUUUAUUACAACGAGAGACUACAGAAUGUCACUUAUCCUGAUGGAUAUUCUCCGUACGCAUACAACGAACUCUGUGAAGUGGAAGUUUACGGUUGUCCUACACCAGACGUUUAUAGAGAGAACUGUGAUACACCGUGUCCCCAGAACUGUCAGGAUAAACACUGUGACAUCGUGAACGGAACCUGUCUGGGAUGUAUUCCGGGAUACAAAGGGUCGUUCUGUGAUCAGCCCUGUGAUAAUAAGAAAUACGGUCUGGAGUGUAAACAGAACUGUGGUAGCUGCAGCGAUGGGGUACAGUGUAAUCACGUGAACGGAAGUUGUCCAAACGGAUGUGACGCAGGAGCUCAAGGCGAUAAAUGUGAUGAAAAAUGUCAAGAAGGUCGCUAUGAUUACAACUGCCAGAAGAAAUGUAACAUCAACUGUGGAGUCCCUGAAAGAUGUGACAGAGUAACAGGGCAGUGUCAGAAUGGAUGUCAGGCGGGGUGGACAAAUCACAAAUGUGAUUCAAAAUGCGAUGGUAAUACAUAUGGGCUAAACUGUACUAAAUCCUGUGGAGUUUGUUUGGGCAAGGAACAGUGUCACCACGUAAACGGCACGUGCAUCAAAGGCUGCGACAGAGGUUACGAAGGAAGCAAUUGUUUAAAAGGGUGCGACUGGAAGUACUUUGGUUAUAACUGCAAUGAAACUUGCCCCACGACUUGCAACAAUCAAACGUGUAACGCUGUGACUGGAUCAUGUGUACAGGGGAACAAACAGGGACAAGAAAAUUCAGUUGUCAGCACUCCAAUUAUAGGUGGGCUUGUGGCGGCUGUCAUUCUAUGUAUCGCUGUUGUUUUAGUUGUAAUCGUGUUCAGAAGAAUGAGGUCGAAUAAAGCAAGAACUGACCCACCUCCUCAAGCGAGACCUCCAGCAGAAACAGGGGAACAUUUAUAUCAGAACAGCGAUAAAGUAGGUCAAACUUUUACCAACAUCUACGAAAAUAUGGAUCCAAAAAAUAAGCUCAUCUCAAAACCGGAAAGGAAAUCCACCCCUGACACAAAAGCAAAGAAAUACGAAACCAAGGCUGAUUACGACACUGAUGACGAAGGCGUAGAGAAUCCCUAUGGUGAUCUGUACAUAAAUGAAGAAACCGUAGCUGAUGUUCCAAUCAGUAAAUUGGAGAACGCUAUUGCCGAAAAAAAGAAAGACGAAGAAGAUGGGUUUAAAAGAGAAUAUGCAAUGUUGUCGUACGGGGAACAACACCAGUGUGAUGCCGGAAAGCGACCUGAAAACGUGCCGAAAAACAGAUUUAAAACCACUUUCCCGUAUGAUCAUUCCAGAGUAAUUUUAAAGGGAGAUAAUAGAACAUCGUCCGACUAUAUCAACGCCAAUUACAUCAAUGGAAAAGACGUAAAGAAUGAAUAUAUUGCUUCACAAGGACCUAAACAAAACACACUGGUGGAUUUCUGGGCGAUGAUAUGGCAGGACAAUAUUAGUCAGAUUGUGAUGUUGACAAAUCUUAAAGAGGGAGACAAGAUAAAAUGUACACAGUACUGGCCUGAAGAAAUGAAAACCAAAGCCUUUGGACUAUUUGUGGUCAAAUCUGUGGAAGAGAAAAAAUAUGCGUUUUACUUCAUCAGAACACUCUCCGUAUCACACAAAGAGCUCAAAGUGUCCCGCGUUGUCACACAAUAUCACUACACCUCCUGGCCGGAUCACGGGACCCCGAGUCCGCUCUGUUUGGUUGUUUUCCACAAUCACGUGUCACGGACGAAACCCAAUCAAAAGCAAGCACCAAUUGUAGUACACUGCAGUGCUGGGAUAGGGCGGACUGGCACAUACAUCGCCCUGGAUGCUUUGUAUAAAGCCGGCAAGGCGACAGGCAAAAUCAAUGUAGCGGAAUACGUGAAGACAAUGAGGGCAAAUCGAAUGAACAUGGUCCAAACCUAUGAACAAUACAUGACGGUGUUUCUUGCUCUGAACGAAUACUUUAAAGCUGCUGUUGAUGCCCAAAGUCUUAAUCAGUUCACCCAGAAGACAGAGAAUUUGGCGGGAAACCAACCAGCCAACCAGACGACAAUUAGGAAGGAGUUUGAGCUCUUGAUGAAAAUACGACCUGUGUACACGCCAACAGAUUACAAAAUUGCUAGCCAACACAAUGCGAAGAAAAACGGACAUGAUUUAUUGCCACUUGACAAGUACAGUUUAUAUCUAACAUCAUCGGUUGCAAAACGUGGGAACUUCAUCAAUGCCAUCCAUGUCCUCUCAUACACAGAUGAUAGGACCUUCAUAGUGACGUGUUAUCCACCACCAGAGGGCGCUGUGGACUUUCUUCACCUGCUCAAUGACCAUGAAUCUAAUACAGUGAUCUGUAUGGAUCCGUUACAUGAAAUUGAAUCGUCGAAACCAUGGUUACCAGAUCCAGGUUCCACUAAGUCCUUGCCACCUUUUGAGGUGCGUCAUCAGUCUGAAAAUAGCACAGAUGUUAAGAUCACCACAGCACAGAUUGUAAGAAACGAGGGGUCACCUCAUUCUAUAACAGUUGUAGAACCAAAAGGAUCAGUGCAAUCUUCCGGAACUCCUCGUGACACUUCGUUUCUCCGAAGCUUAGUGUCAUUUGCUCAGAAUCUCUCUACAGAAUACCCAAUCACUGUUGUCAGCAAAGAUGGCGCCAUGUUGUGUGGUGUUUUCUGUUCGGUGUAUAACGUGAUACAACAGCUGAAGAUGGAUGACAAUAUUGACGUCUUUACAGCUGUACGACAACUACAGACAAGGAGACCAGAAUUUUGUUCUACUCAAGACGAGUAUCUGUUGGUGUAUAGAGCUGUUUGUGACUACAUCGAGGCUACAUCAGAAAACGUAUACUACAAUCAAUAGAGGAGGACGGGGCGUGCUGCGUUGUCUUUAUACUGACUUCGAGAAAUAUAUUGUUUUAUCUUGACGUUGAAAAAUAUAUUCUUUUACGUAUUCCAGUCGUGUAAUGUUAUAGUUUUAUUAUGAAUUUGUUGUUAUAAUUGUGUAUUUCAUAGUUUGAAACAUUCAUUAGAGUAGAAAGGAAGAAAGAGAGAUGAGAGGAAUGUUUAUAGGAAAGAGAAGGUAAAAUACUGGCCUUAUGUGACCCCCAUUUUGAGAAAUCGGCAUGGGCACAAUUUUAGAAUUGUAUUUCGUACACACAAUCAUGCAUAUGUCACAAUGUGUAUCACUUUUUAAUAUAUGAAACAUGUAUAUUCCAAAUUCACAGGAAAUUAACAAAAUUAAUAAAAAUUCCAAACUUUCUCAUUUUCGGCAAACAAAUUACAAAUUCAAAGCAUAUACAUUAACUGUUAGUCUCUAACCGCUAUUAUGGUUUACAUAUUUUUCAUAAUUUUCGUCAUUUUCAAUAAAUGAUAUUUUCCGUCACUACACUGCUGUUUACUUAACUGAUCCCUACUCAGCAAAACCAGAGCUGUGGUGAGAUUGUGCAGCGUGAAGAAGCAUAAAAAGAACAAUUAUGUAAAUAAUGACAUUUAUAUGUGUUGAAUGCUGUUUUGCAUUGUAAUAUUAUUAAGUAUAUUACCCAAUUGAAUUAAGAUAUUUUGGUGGAAAACGUAAGUGAGUAAAUAUACUUAUUUAUUGGUAUUGGUAACUCUUUAGUUGGUUAAUGUUAUAUGAAAUUGCCCGGUAAUCACUGUAGCUGGUCAUUCAGGUCAGAUGUUAUGUUAUGUAAUUUUCCCCAAUUCGUACGAUGCUAUGGCUAUUCUGUAGCUGUUUAUGUAAUUCUAAACUUUUUCAUGGCCUAAUAUCAACCCCCUGAUCCUAAUAGCCAAUAGAAACUGAUCCUCAUUAUCACGUGAUUUGAUGCAGGUUCGAAAGUGACCAUUGAUUAUUUCGUUAUUCUCACUUUAGCCACAGUAGUAAGGCAACAUAACAUUUUCAGCACACCCACCACCACCCCAGCUGUCCUACCUUACUUACAUUUACAGUUGUAAAAUAUUCUUAUUUUUUAUCGCAUUCUUAUUUUUUGAUGUUCAAUCUUUUUGCUAUAUACUUUAUGUAGUUUGUAUUUUUGUGUAUAUAUAUUGUACAUCUGUAAUCUUAGGGGAUAAGCAUAUUGAAAUACCAUGUUGCAUUGUGUGAUUAGCUGUUUGUCUUAUUCCCUAUUAUGGUUUAUAUAUUUUUCAUUAUUUUCAAUAAAUGACAUUUUUCAUCACUA